AUCUUCUUUCUCUUCCUCUCUGCUUAUUUGACAAUCGCUAAUCGUCCAAUCAGAAAAUUUCUCUUCCCGUCUCACAAUCAAAGACAUCAGGAAGAAGUGAAAGUGAUUUUGUGACUAUCCACCCACCUUUUGCUUAAAAAAAUAAUAAUCCACAAGCCAUACGGGUUACCGCAAUGGCUAUAGCAGCGCAAAUGAGCACAGCCCUCCCGGGGCUCGAUGGUGAACAGCUGCACACUUGAUGACCGGUUUCUGAUCCCGUACAAAGGAGGAGCAGCACGACAGUCAAUUUGCUCAGAAAGCCGUGUAAGUGAACGCGUUCUCUUAUUUCUUUCCCCAAAGACUGUGGCUGAAAUCAGACAUCCGUUUUGUUAUUUUCUAAAGAACGCACACUGGUUUCGACUCGAAGAGGGAUUUCCCCGGGACUUUUAAAGAACCCGUCUCAUCGGCCCCGGGUUCUGAAAGAAGAAACUUCUUGCAAUAUGGUGAAGGAUGUCGGCAUCAUAUUUAAGCACCACAGCGAAGCAGGGAAGAGUUCAAAGUGACCGGGAAGAUGUACCUGGGUGUAGCUGAUGUAGAUGAUGCUCAGCAGCGUACAGCUUCUCAUGUUACUGCGCUACGUACUGAAGCACAUGCAUGAAUCAGGUCGAAUCCUCUUAACCGCUUCCCGGAUCUUGACACCCCAGUAAAAACCUUUGACAUGGUGCGCGGAUGAAGAACGACAUUUAGAACAAAUGAAAUACACAAAGUUGUAUUUAUGCAUUACUCCUAAUAGUGGAACGUGUAUCACUUUCUGUCUGUUACCAAAAACAUCAAACAUGAACUAGCGAGCCGUGCGGCGGAUUUGUUUGUUUUUUUUUUUCGUUAAAACAAAGAAAACAGAAUCCACGACUGGUGGAUUUAAAGUGUUUGCAGAGUUAGCAAAUAAUCUGUAGUGACAUGUCUUCUUAUAUUGAUUGCACCUAUUAAGAGCUGGGGGUGUCUCAUCGCAGUGCAGUUCUGAGUACACUAUUCCGCGCUAUGCGUGACAGGAUUAGAUGCAUUUGUUUUAUCAUUGUAUGGAUUUCAGAAGAAGCUGUCGGUGUUCAUCAACAGAGGGGGCAUGCAUUAAAAAAAGCAGAGCCGUUUGCAGUCGUUUUUAUGAUAGCUUUCUACAAAUGGAAUCAUUUGUCUUCUCUUGGCAAAAUCGUUUCCAGCAAACCAUUGCUACGAGUAUCGUACUCACUCACACACACGGGCGCGCGCGCGCCUGCAAAACAUUAACUCUUUCAGCCCCAAGAGAGAGGAAAACACGCCCUAAAGAUCAAAACAACACCACUUGUUGAAGAUCAAUUCAUGUGCAUAUUUCAAAUCUACUGACCUAUUAAAAGCAUUUCAUUGUCUAUGUUUUUACCAACCAGGGCUGCACUUUUUUAUAUUCAAAUUAUCUAUCAUUAAAAACAGCACAACCAGGAAGCAACAGAAAUUAAAGUGUAGCCCUUCGCUGCUAAAGAAAAAUAAACUCGAUUAAAUUCGAUUUCCCUGGUCUCCUUCGGCAAAUCGGUUGUGCGUUUGUUUUUUAUAUUAGAGAGUAUUUUUCCUAUGGUUGUGUCACCCGAUGGUUUUGCCCUGGAACUGGAAGAGGCUCGGAUCCUAUACAUUGCUCCUAGCCCUCCCGGGCUCCCUUCGCACUAGGAUGUUGCGGCAGGUUUUACACAGAGGGCUGAGGACGUCUUUCUCCAAGCUCGGCCACUUUGUCGCCAACCACCCAGUGUUCUUCGCCUCCGCCCCGGUGUUGAUUUCAAUUCUGCUCGGGGCCAGCUUCAGUCGGUACCGCAUCGAAGAGAACGUGGAGUACCUGUUGGCUCCGAAGCACAGCCUCGCUAAGAUCGAGGGCAACUUGGUGGAUAGCCUGUUUCCAGUGAACAGAUCCAAGCAUACGCUGUAUUCAGACCUACAGACCCCCGGGAGGUACGGCAGAGUAAUCAUUACCUCCACGGGGAAGGGGAAUAUGCUGGAUCAGCAGCACAUUGACCUAAUUCUCAAGUUGCACAGUUCAGUGACCAGGAUCCAUGUGCAGAUGAUGGGCUUCAACUACACCUUCGCGCACCUGUGCAUCCUAGACAACAACAAGGACUGCAUAGUGGAUGACAUCAUCCACGUCCUGAAGGAGCUGAAAGCAGCGCGCUCCUCCAACCGCACGGUGCCUCUGAUCCGGUACCCCAUCACCCAUCUGAGCGACGGCAGGGAGGUGUACAUCGGGCACCAGCUUGGGGGGGUGCAAACCCACAGCAAGGACCGGGUCAAGUCCGCCUCCUCCGUCCAGCUCACCUAUUACCUGCAGUCCAUCAACAACCUGAAUGACAGGGUGGCGGCCGCCUGGGAAAACAAGUUCUGCGAGGCCAUGGAGCUGCUCCAGCGGGGUCACAGGGAGCUCAGGCUGUACCCGUUCACCUCCUCCUCGCUCCAGAUGGAUUUCCAAAGGACGAGCAAAGUGGCCAAGCGUCAGCUCAUUACCAGCCUGGCCCUGGUGGUGGCGCUGGCGGUGCUGCUGUGCUCCAUGCGGGACUGCGUGCGCAGCAAACCCUGGCUGGGGCUCCUUGCCAUGCUGACGAUGAGCCUGGCCACCCUCACCUCCGCCGGGAUCGUGAACCUCAUGGGAGGGCGGUACAACUCCACCUUCCUGGGCAUCCCCUUCAUCGUCCUAGGCCACGGACUGUGCGGCACGUUUGAAACGCUCACCUCCUGGAGGAAGACAAGGGAAGACCAGCACGUGAAGGAGAGGACGGCCAUGGUGUACGCCGACUGCAUGGUCCCCUUCACGCUCACCACCGCCAUGUACAUGGUCACCUUUGGCAUCGGGGCCAGCCCCUUCACCAACAUCGAGGCUGUGCGCCUCUUCUGCCGCAACACCUGCAUCGUCAUCUUCUUCAACUACCUCUACACACUGGCGUUCUACGGCUCCAAUCUGGUGUUCACUGGCUACCUGGAAAAAAACUACCAGCAUAACGUUUUCUGCAAAAAGGUGCCCAAGCCUGAGCUGGUACAGCAGAAGCCUGCCUGGUACAGGUUCCUGAUGCACACCAAGUACAAGGACGAGGGAGCCAGCUCCAUGGAGGUGAAUGUGUACGAGAGCCACCUGCUGGUCUGCUUCAUGAAGCGUUACUACUGUGACUGGAUAACAAACACCUACGUCAAGCCUUUCGUCGUGCUCUCUUACCUGGUUUAUAUCUCCUUUGCCUUAAUGGGCUACCUGCAGGUGAGCGAGGGCGCCGACCUCAGCAACAUCGUGGCCACUGAGACGAGCACCAUUGCAUACACCACUGCCCAGCAGAAAUACUUCAGCAACUACAGCCCCGUCAUCGGCUUCUAUAUCUAUGAGUCCAUCGAGUACUGGAAUGCCAGCGUGCAGGAGGAUGUUCUGGAGUACACCAAGGGCUUUGUGAGAAUCUCCUGGUUCGAGAGCUACCUGAUCUACCUCCGGAAGCUCAACAUGACGACCGGCCUACCCAAGAGGAACUUCACAGACCUCCUGCGCAACGCCUUCCUGAGGUCGCCCCAGUUCGCCCACUUCUCCGAUGACAUCAUCUUCGCCAAGAAAUCCAACGGCGAGGUGGAGGUGGUGGCCUCCCGCAUGUUCCUGGUGGCCAAGACCACGGAGAAUAAGAGGGAGGAGAUGUACGUCCUCUUGGACACCCUGCGCAAGCUCUCCCUCACCUCCAAGGUGAAGUUCAUUAUCUUCAACCCCUCCUUCGUCUACAUGGACCGCUACGCCUCGUCGGUGGGAGCUCCCCUGCAGAACUCCUGCAUCAGCGCCCUCUUCCUGCUCUUCUUCUCCGCGUUCCUGGUGGCUGACUCCCUCAUCAACGUCUGGGUCACCCUGACGGUAGUCUCGGUGGAGUUCGGGGUCAUCGGCUUCAUGACCCUGUGGAAAGUGGAGAUGGACUGCAUCUCGGUCCUCUGCCUCAUCUACGGGGUCAACCACACCAUCGACAGCUGCGCCCCGCUCAUCUCCACCUUCGUGUUAGGCAAAGACUACACAAGGACUAAGUGGGUGAAGAACACCAUGGAGCGCCAUGGCGUGGCCGUCCUGCAGAGCUACCUCUGCUACACCACAAGUCUCAUCCCUCUCUCAGCCGUGCCUUCCAACCUGACCCGCACACUGUUUAGGUGCCUGUUUUUGAUAGCCUUUGUCACUUUCUUUCACUGCUUGGCCAUCCUGCCUGUCAUGCUGACAUUCCUGCCUCCCUCCAAGAAGAAACGAAAAGAAAAGAAAGGGUUUGAGAACCGGGAGGAGAUCGAGUGUGUAGAAAUGGUGGACAGCACCCGCGUCGUCGACCAAAUCACGUCCGUUUGAAACCCUUCCGGAGAGAAUCCGGGCAUAACGUCUCGUGAUGAGAGAGACAGAGCGAGAGAGAGGGAGAGAGAGGGACAGCGCACCAGAGAAUGUGAGUAGAGGGUGUCAGGAUAUGCUCUGAAUGGGAUGUUCCUACGCACAGAAGAAGAAAGAAGAUCUGCAGCCAAAAGAUAAAGGUGGCAGAGAUGAUUAAAAGGCUGUCAGUGAGCAUCUGAUAGCAGGCAAGAGGGGAAAAAAAUGUCCAGACUGGUAAAAAAAAAAAAAAAAAAAAAAAAAAAAAAGGUCACAACAAACAAAGUCGUGAAACAACAGCUAAUGAUAACGUUGAGCUGCCUGUAUCCCUGCCUGGUUGAGGUUGAUUAAUGAGCUGGUCGACUGUGGAGGUUUAUUAAUAGGUGGUGUAAACUGGUUCUUUGCUUGAUACAAAGCAAGGCUGCUGUUAGAGGGUGGCUGUGUGGGGUUCCUAGUUUUCAGAUUGGUUUAUCUUACAGUAAGAAUAACCCUUAUUAGCAUGUCGAAUGUCAAGGCUACAUCACAGGUAGUCCUAAACUGAUUAUGCAAUCAAUACUAAGCAGGGUUUUCAGCAGGUCGUAUUUAAAUGCGAUAGGGAUUGAGAUUGUUUGUACUGUCAUAAACCCCCAUUAGUACCUUAGGCAUUGCCAGCUAGCAGACUCUAAUGAUCUCUUUGAUAAUUAAUGGGAUCCAAAAUUACAACUACUGUACACAGGAGCCAUAAAAGACUUAUUUUCGGUUAUGCAACUGAGUACUGAUUGAGCAGGCCAGAAAGGAUGACUCCAUUACAGACAAAAAAAGAAUUUAAUGGUCUGGAAAACAAGAAAAAAUCUGCAGGAAAACAGCAAGAGACCACCAAAAGGAAAAGAAACAGCUUUGUGUGGGCUGGCUCUAAAAUCACUUGGCUUGCGUGAGCUGCUGCCUCUGUAGAACAGCUGUUUGAACCGAAACCAAGCAUGGCCUGCAUGUGGAAAUGUUGAAUUCAUUCAUUCUGGUGAAAUUAGAGGCCCUUCUCACAAGGAAUGAUGUCCGUCAUAGGCCGUCCAUGCAACAGCACAUCCUAUUGGAUCAGGUCAACCACAGCGCCCUCUAUGGCCUCAGUGAUAGUACUAUAAUCUUGGUGCCUGCACAUAUUUUUUAACAACAUAAACAACUCACAUGAACCCCCCCAAAUUGAAAUCAGAAAACUGCAACUGAAAAUCUGGGGAAAUUGUCAACAUAAGCCAGUUAGUGAUUGUUUUAUUUAAUUGACGGCUGUAAUAGGCCGCACGUGCAAUUCAUUUAAAAUAGUAAGAGAAAAGGAACAC